AUGGACAAGCGACCGCUUCUUCCCGGAGAAAAGAUGCCUCCCGUCUCCCCUCCCUCUCCGCCUACGCCUCCGUCUCCGGCGCGCACUGGGGACAGUUCUCGUUCCACUUCCAACCGCCAAGAAUCGGCGCCUCCGCCUCUGGCGCGCAUUGGGGAUGGUUCGUCCUCCGAACGCCAACAAUCAGGGGCAAAGAGGGAGGCGCAGAAUAAGGCGGGAGAUGCGAAGGCGCACAUCAGGAGGUUCUUGCCGAUUCCAAGCCUCCUACCCUUCUUCAAGAAAGCGGACUCCACGAGCCCAUCCAGCAGCGGCGACAAGACGGCGGCGGCAUCGAGCAACCCCAAGACGUACAACGACGCUGAGUUCGCGGGGAUGAUUGAGCGUCUGGAAGACUUCUCCCGCUGCAUUGGAGGCAGUUCGAGGAUUGCCGAUCCCCUGGCCCGUCUGGCCACGGCGGUCCGCUCACUCGCCAGCGUCGAGCGCGCCGACCCCAAGGCGACAAGCGCGGCGCAGUUCGACGUGCUGCUAGGAGUUGCUGCUCUAACCAUGGCUGCCUCCGGCCACAAAGUCAACGAGGUGGACGGCACCACGGCCAAGAAGCUAGAGUCCGAGGCGGCGGCACUGGCGCGCAAGGCGGGAGAGCUCUCCAUCUCCGGGCAACGUCGCCAUGGCCAAGAAGGAUCGUAUCUUUAUGCCAUCUCAAUCUCGGGCUCGCUGGCGCUUCUGCCCUACCUUCCGACUCAAAUUCCGGCGUCGCUCCAACCCAUCGUCGGCUGCGUGUUUGGAGCAGUAUUCUCCGCAGCUUCGGUGGGGGCUAUACUUACCUUGACGGCGACGAAGAACUCGGACGUGACGGCCGGUGGUGUUCUGGAUAAGGUCAGCUUCGCGGCAUUUUCGCUAUUGGUGGUCGCAUUUGUGUUCUCUGCUUUGGCAUCAGGAAAUGUUGUCCUGAUGGUCGUCCUGAUGCUCAUUUGCGCCGUGAUCAUGGUUCUCGGCCAUGUCUAUGCCUGGAGUAGGUAG